UAUUUAGGUGCAACCUUUUAAAAACAUUAAUUAAAUGGUAUAUCAUACAAGGCUUACAAAAAGGAGGUCUACACAAAGGAAUUCAAAAAGUACUAACGCCCCUGACUUUCAGAACCUGCUUCUACAGUAGCAUAGGUUAAAACCACAUCCAUUGGUGCUGAAAGGAUUUCAAAAAGAACCUUUUAAACAGGCAACUUAAGGAAAAACUUGAACUUCACAUACAUUUCAUCAAAUCUUCUCUUCUACUUUUUAUCUUACAUCUCAAAAGUCCUCUAGGCUUCUACCAAAAUUGAAAACAAUAAAUACAGAUUAUAAUUACAACUGCAUAACAAAUGUAUUUAUAAAGAACUAUUCAGUACUUACAAAGUUGUAUAGUGAUGAUGUUUUUUUUCGUAAAUCCAUGCUGUUUGUAACCACUCGGUGGACUGGAAUGUUAUUCAGCAAUCACCUUGGUUUGUUAUCCUGCACCCAGCUGUUACUCUUUGACAAAUACAGAAGCAGACACACCUACAUCCAAGGUCAUAAAAACACAAUAUGCCUCUUGAGCAUGUGGUAUUUUCCUUGAGCAUAAACACAAGCCAGGUGCUAUAUUUGAAAUCUUUCCUUAUAAGACAGAAGACUUCAAUGUAGGAAUCAUAACCCCGGCCUUUAUUACAAUUCAGAUGUGUGUUAUAUCUCCUAGUUAUCUACUUUAGCAAUUCUUUCAUUGUGAUUGGGUAAUGUAAUCCUUUUUCAGACAAAACAGAGGGUACAAGCUCCUGAACUCACACUUUCCCUCUGCAACGUCUUCCUAAAGCUUUUAACACACUGGAGACAUUAAUAAAAAAAAAAAAAUCAUGCUUAAAUAUACACAAAACACAUGUUAUUUUUGGUUUAUUCUUUAAAACCUCAAGGAAGAAGAGCUGUAAGCCAUCCCUCAGCUGCUCCACAUUUAGCAAUUGUCUCAGCCUCCCUUGUGUAUCCCUUAAGAAGAAGAAUAAGAGCAGCUGUUGGCACUGUUGUGUGAAGUAAUCCCUUUGGCAAUCCCUGCUUUUCUUCAAAGCUCAGAGGCACUCCUUUUAUUUUAUAAUCAUCACUGACCUGUAAGGACUCUGAAACUGGAUAUUGAUGACUUUUUAAAGCCUUACAGAAGCAUAGCGGAGUGCUGCUUUUGUGCCAGAGGGCAUUAAAAAGAUGCUUCAGUCAUACCUUUGGAACUUCUGAUUCAACUUCACAAAAAUUGCACAAGCAUCUGUAUGGUUUUUCAUAGACAUGUUACAAAACAGAAAGAGUUAGACUAUGUACCACAUUUGCAUGAAAAAUAAACAACAAGUGCAUUGAUAAAAAAAUAUAUAUAUAACAGUUUUAAUAGUUUUAGUUUUGAAUCACCAAAUUUCUUUAAAGAAAAGUCUAAGACCCAAACAACCAAAACUAGACAUGGAACAUAAACUUUUAUCAGAAAUCCUUUAAUUAAAAUCAAAUAUUUUUAUUAAAAAUUUAAACAUUUUCUGAGAUCUUUCUCCUUUCUGCGAUGAAUGGCAUGCGAUAGCCAUAAACCCUAUUGGCACAAUGGAGACAGGCACUUCUAAAAAAGUGUAGUGACAGUCGACAGUACCAAAUACAGCAACAAACAUGUGAUUGGCUCCCAUCAGACUAUAUAAAAAGGAGCCGUAAACAGCAACCUCAAGAGGCACCCAGCAAAGGUACGUUUUUCAAGAUAUUAUCACAUUCUUUAAUAUUAAAUCUGAUAACAGAAAAUUGUAGAAAAUAAUAAUAAAGGUUUGGUCAGCUAUAAGAUGUUUGAUUUUUUUUUCUAUUUUAAAUCAAGUAUUACAGACUCCACAGGUGGUGAUAGUAAACCUAUUCCUAUGUCUUUAUCUAGAACUUUGCCCUGACAUCAGCAACAACACAUUCUGCUCAAUUGGUGUUUUAAAAGUAAACCGUCAUCAUGAGUGGGGAUGCAGAAAUGGAGUGUUUUGGCCCGGCGGCCAUAUACCUCCGCAAGCCAGAAAAAGAGCGUCUUGAAGCUCAGAACACUCCCUUUGAUGCUAAAACGGCAUACUUUGUGACUGAGCCUGCUGAGAUGUACCUGAAGGGGAAACUUAUAAAGCGAGAGGGCGGCAAAGCCACAGUGGAGACCCUUACUGGCAAGACUCUCACCGUGAAGGAAGAUGAAAUCUUCCCCAUGAACCCACCGAAGUUUGAUAAAAUUGAGGACAUGGCCAUGAUGACCCACCUCAAUGAGCCCACUGUGCUGUAUAACCUCAAAGAGCGAUAUGCAGCAUGGAUGAUCUAC